UCCAUUGAACCAUUCAGUCAAUGGACUCUUCCACUUCCCUCCGCACCGCCACCGACCGUCUCUCGCGUUACCAGAACUGGAUCAUUCCACCUCCAUCUCCCGCAUCAACCUCCCCCGCUUCAACAACCAGUUCAAACCCCAGCUCAACCACCAAACCACCCACCAUGUCGCGCGAUCCCAUCACCUGUCACGUCCUCAACACCCUGACCGGCACUCCAGCCGCCAACCUCCCCGUCACCUUGACACGCGUCGUCCCAUCCACCUCCACCACUCCCGCCCCGACCACCACCUACCACGCCACCACCAACGCCGACGGCCGCGUCGCCAACUGGACCCCCGCAUCCGGGUCAGAAGGAACAACAGCCUCCGUCGCCGCCGUGCUGGCCGCACUCCCCGCCGACGCAGACCCCGUCACGCACUGGGCGGUGCGCUUCGACGUCGGCCCCUGGUACGCGGCUCAGGGCGUCGAGAGCUUCUGGCCCGAUGUGGAGGUGCGCUUUACGGUUCGGGGGAGGGGGGUGGAGGGCCAGGAUGGUUGGCGCCAUUAUCAUGUGCCGGUGUUGUUGGGGCCGUGGAAUUAUUCGACUUAUCGGGGGUCGUAGAUCAUAGUAUCCAGGAAGGAUGGAUAUGGGGGAGAGAUGGAUGGGUAUCGGAGAAAUGGGUGGGAUGGGAUGGAUAUAAUAGGGAAUGGGCAUGGGAUGAGAGGGAGACAGAGAAUGUAGACUACGUACUCGGUGCGAUAGGCUGUCGCACC